AUGCCGCCGCAACUUGCUCCAUCCCAGCCCUAUCCCCUCCACACCCCAAUGCGCUACGACACACAACAUUUUCUUCCCCACCACGACCCUGUCGACUUCCGCGCCUUCUACCCCUACACACCCAAUGAAGUCAAGCACAGGAAGCGCACAACCAGCGCCCAGCUCAAGGUCCUCGAAACCGUAUUCAAACGCGACACAAAACCCAAUGCCACCCUGAGGAACGAGCUCGCACAGCAGCUGGAUAUGACCGCGAGAGGGGUGCAGGUCUGGUUCCAGAAUCGACGUGCCAAAGAAAAGACGAAGACAGCCAAGUUGGCCGCGGCCGCUGCAGCUGCUGGCAAGGACGCCUCACCAACAGACGCACCCCCCACUUCUCCAUCAUCUUCGUCGCCGUCAUCAUCAUCGCAACAGAGCCCCGAGGCGCUCAAACAGGAGGAAACCAGCACAGCGUCGACGCCUCCUGUUGAUGUCGCGGAGCACCAGAAGGCCUCGGUAGUCAGCAAACCGGUAUCCCCCCCUCAGCUGCACCUCAUCACGGAUGUGUUGAACCCUCCAGCCUGGCAGGACUCGCCCGUCGACGGCCCACCCGAUAGCGCAACAUUCCUCAGUCACAAUUCCCGAGCGUCUCUCUUCAACAAUUCUGAUUUGUACAGCCUCCGCAGGGGCUCUCUGCCUGUGAACCCAUUCCCGCAUUCCUCAGAUUCUACACCGUUGGAUAGUCCGUCGUCAGUCGAGUGGUUCGACCCCCUUUCACGCCGUCGAUCAGUUGACGCCAGUCUGCAGCGCCUGGCCUCAAACCCCUACGCCCCAAUCGCCCGCACCAAAAACAGUGCCUUGUUUGGACCACGUUUUGGGGUGGCGUCUCCUGGACGUUUCAGCACAAACCGCGUGUCUAGCCAGUUUUCCGCCCGGCCUCCACUCCACCACUGUCCUUCCGUGCCUCAUGUAAACAUCCGUCGAUCCUCCAUGGACUCUCGGCGCUUGGGCUUGGUCCUUCGAACAACUGCACUCUCGCCUGCUCCGGCAACCACUCCUUACAUCAACAGUCGCGCAUCCCUCCCUGAUGGCAAUCUCUAUGCCGUAUCUUCGCGUCAAGUGGGUUCGCCUAUUCCGGGUCCCCUGCCGUCACCCAACUUCUCCUUUGGUGCAGCGAGCACCCCCUCCAUGACUUCCCCGAGCUCUGCAGAUAGCGAACGCAACUCCCCCGAUUCGCUUCGGUCGUUCUCGUUCCCUGGAACAGACGAUCGUGAAGACGAUGGCGGCAUGUCUCCCACCUACGAUGCCUACUCCAGAUUUGGCUCGAUUGUCUCCAUCGCGACCAGCGAGUCCAGCAUCGCCAGUUCGUACUACCCAGAAAUCGGAGGUCCUAGAGUCGAUCAGAAUCUGACGACAGAUAUCCAUGGUCGUCGAAACUCGUGCUCCCCAGGCCAGUUCAUCGAAUUUCCUGAACUCGAUUCGAGCGCCCACUAUAGUUUAACCGAGAACAGCCCACUAGGCUAUCCUCAGGAAGACUUUGGUAUUGCGAGGCCCCAAGGAAUCGUGGUUCCCGAGUUAGCCGGUAACAAACCCUAUCCCUCACCGACGACUGCAAUUUCGGGCCAGAACAAUCCCUCAAGCAACCUGGAUCCAGCAACUGCGACCAUCGCUGUUCCAUCAACGGUGCCCAUCUCACGUUCCAGCGAACUGGCCUUUGCACUCCAAGGCCAACCGGAAAAGUCGCCGUCAAUGACGACUCCGCAGGACAAUAAUCAAUCCGCUUAUCUGGCGUUUGGAACAGACCAGACUUCUCAACCCAGUUCUGGCGAUCUGGCUGCCCCAUCCUCAGAAUCGUCGACGCUAAUCUAUCAAGGCAAUGUAGAAGGUGGUGAUUCGUCACAUUCACAAGGGCCUUUCAACCCGACGUAUCCUGCCAUUUCGGACGUCUACACUCAGGAUGGUACGACUGUGCCCGUGAACCCAUCCUUGUAUCAAGUCUACAACGACUCGCUUAACAUGUCGGCUUUAUCGUCGAUUGACAACAGCGUGGCUCACAACGCUGAGGCGUUCCCUGCCUAUUCUUGA